AGGAGUGAGAGUGUUAUUGGAGGAAGGGUGAAGAGAGCAAAGAGGCAUAAUUCUAUUACAACGAUUAUGGAAUCCAUGAUCAGCGAAAGUUUACUGAAAAUAUACGAAUUAAUUUUGGAUCACUGCUGCCUGUCUUCAGAAAAAAACAAACUUUAAACACUUGGUGUUAACUUUAAAACUUUAAUGUUAAAUGGAUGCCUGGUUGUUAUGAUUUUGGCUAAAAGGACUAGAGCUGGGCUCCGUUGUUUGAACCUGAAAUAUGUUGGACUUAAGCUGAGUUUAUUCAGAUCAGACCACAGUUAACCAACUGGUUUAAGCUAUACUAUGCCAGCAAAGAGUGGAUCAUGGGAAAUCCAUAGAACAUCUGAUUUGCAAAUGGAGGAAGUGGUAAAUAAAUAAUGGCUGACAAGACUGUUUCCAUGAAAGCCUCUGUGCCCCAUCAUUCAGUUACAAAUAUUACCACUGCUCUGUGGGGGCCCAAUCCUACAGUUCCUGCAGAUGUGGGUGUUGUCACAAGCUCCCAGUCUCAAAUCAAAGAUCUGUUUGGGUUGUUCUGCAUGGUGACCCUUAACCUCAUUGCUUUGUUGGCCAACACUGGUGUGAUGGUGGCCAUUGCUCGUGCUCCUCACCUGAAGAGGUUUGCAUUUGUGUGUCACCUCUGUGCAGUGGACCUGUUGUGUGCCAUCCUCCUCAUGCCUUUGGGUAUCAUAUCCGGUUCACCAUUUUUUGGCACUGUGGUGUUUACUGUGCUGGAGUGUCAGGUUUACAUCUUUCUCAAUGUUUUUCUUAUUUGUUUAUCCAUUCUUACGAUCACAGCCAUCAGUGUGGAGCGUUACUUCUAUAUUGUACACCCCAUGCGUUAUGAGGUUAAAAUGACCAUCAACCUUGCUAUUGGUGUCAUGCUCCUUAUCUGGGUUAAAUCCCUCCUCUUGGCUUUGGUGACACUGUUUGGAUGGCCAGCUUAUGGACAUCAGAGCUCAAUUGCAGCAGCUCACUGUUCUCUUCAUGCAAGCCACAGUCGCUUAAGAAGAGUUUUUGCUGUGCUAUUCAGUGUGGUUUGUUUCUUGGCUCCUGCAGUGGUUAUUUUCACUGUUUACUGUGCUGUGUAUAAGGUAGCUCGUUCUGCAGCUUUGCAGCAAGUCCCUGCUGUUACAACGUGGGCAAAUGCUAGUCCUGCUAAGGAUCGCUCAGACUCCAUCAACAGCCAGACUACCAUGAUCAACACCACUCGUACUCUGCCCCAAAGACUAUCUCCAGAGAGGGCAUUCGGUGGAGGCAAAGCUGCACUCACUUUAGUAUUCAUCGUGGGACAGUUCUUGGUUUGUUGGUUGCCUUACUUCAUCUUCCACCUGCAGAUGUCUCUAACCGGUUCCAUGCAGAGCCCUGGGGACCUAGAGGAAGCAGUCACAUGGCUUGCCUACUCCUCCUUUGCAGUUAACCCCUUCUUCUAUGGCAUGUUGAACAGACAGAUCAGAGAUGAGCUGGUAAAGUUCCGACGUUGCUGCUUGACCCAACCUGUGGAAAUUGGAGCAUCAAGCCAAGAGGGCUCAUUUCAGGAAAAUUUUCUUCAGUUCAUUCAGAGGACCAGCACCACGGCUACAAAUCGCUCAAGCUGUGCUAACUUGAGUCCCAAAAACACAAUAAAGCAUGAAAACAAGAUCCCUGGACAAAUACCAGAGGAGCAUCCAUAGACAAUGAUCCAUAAUUGUGGAACAUAUUGCUAAUAUGCAGACCAUAUCACUUUUUAAUGAAUGGACAAUUUAUCCUAGAGCAUUAGAUAGAUAGAUCUAAAAAGUCAUAAAAAGUAAAGUUGUACCCAUAAAAAUGUACACAGAUACACACACACG